AUGAAUGAAGCAUCUCCCAUUCAGAGACCUCCGAGGAUGGGGCUGAAUGUCAAGCUGUCUGCUGAAGUGGAGCCGUUUGUUCCCCAGAAGAAGAACCCCGACACCAUUUUGAUCCCUAUGGCGUUCCCAAACGAUAACGCAAGUGUUUCCGGUGUUGAACCAACUCCAAUCCCCAGUUACCUGAUUACUUGUUACCCGUUUGUGCAGGAAAACCAGUCCAAUAGACAAUUUCCAUUAUAUAACAAUGAUAUCCGAUGGCAGCAGCCCAAUCCAAAUCCCGCUGGACCAUACCUUGCUUACCCCAUCAUAUCUGCCCAGCCACCUGUUUCUACGGAGUAUACCUAUUACCAGCUAAUGCCAGCACCGUGUGCCCAAGUUAUGGGUUUUUAUCAUCCCUUUCCCACACCAUACUCCAACACCUUUCAGGCCACAAAUACUGUAAAUACUGUAACCACAGAAUGUGCUGAGCGUCCAAAUCCGCUUGGGCAGGUCUUCCCAUUGUCUAAUCAUCGAAGCAGAAACAGCAGAGGCCAAGCGAUCCCUAAACAACAACUUUUACAACAACACAUAAAAAGCAAGAGGCCAUUGGUGAAAAAUGUAGCCACCCAGAAAGAGACAACUGCAGCAGGUCCUGAUAAUCGAUCAAAGAUAGUGCUUCUAGUGGAUGCUUCACAGCAAACUGAUUUCCCAUCAGACAUUGCUAACAAAUCUUUCUCGGAGAGCACCAGCACCACGCUCUGGAAGUCAAAAGGCCGGAGGAGGAGAGCGUCCCACCCCACCGCAGAGUCCUCCAGUGAGCAGGGGGCCAGCGAGGCUGACAUUGACAGUGACAGUGGCUACUGCAGUCCCAAGCACAGCAACAACCCAGCCGUGGCGGCAGUGGGCGCUUUGAGGAGUCCUGAAUCGGGAACCUCGAAUCAUAUGGAAUCCUCUAUAUGUUCAGGUGGUGUGAAUUGGUCCAAUGUAACUUGCCAAGCAACUCAAAAAAAACCAUGGAUGGAAAAACAUCAGACAUUUUCUAGAGGUGGAAGGCAAACUGAGCAAAGAAAUAAUGCACAGAUUGGAUUCAGAUGUCGAGGCCAUAGUACUUCCUCAGAAAGAAGGCAAAUUUUGCAAAAGAGGCAAGAUCAUAAACAGUUAAUUCUCAGUCAGUCCCACAGAGACGACCUCAAUUCUGAGUCUUUAUAUUUUGAGGAUGAAGAUGGGUUUCGAGAACUAAAUGAGAAUGGAAAUGUUACUAAAGAUGAGAAUAUUCAACAAAAACUUUCUUCAAAAGUCUUGGAUGAUUUACCUGAAAACUCACCAAUCAAUAUAGUUCAGACUCCAAUUCCUAUUACAACCUCUGUUCCGAAACGUGCGAAGAGUCAGAAGAAGAAAGCUUUAGCAGCAGCCCUUGCUACCGCUCAAGAGUAUUCAGAAAUAAGUAUGGAGCAAAAAAAGCUGCAGGAAGCUUUGUCCAAAGCAGCUGGGAAAAAGACGAAGACCCCCGUGCAGCUGGAUUUGGGAGACAUGUUAGCGGCUCUGGAGAAGCAGCAGCAAGCAAUGAGAGCACGGCAGAUCUUGAACACCAGGCCGCUGUCCUACGCAGUGGCCACAGCUGCUUUUCACAGGAGAGACUCUCCAAGCAGAAAACCGCCGACCAAAAGUCAAUCCUGUUUAACCUCCUUAAGUUCUGUGGAUUUUGCUUCUUCCAAAGCAAAAAAAGGAAAAGAGAAGGAAAUUGCAAAACUAAAACGACCUACAGCACUUAAAAAGGUUAUUUUGAAAGAAAGAGAGGAAAAGAAGGGGCGCUUAACUGUGGACCACAAUCUUUUGGGAUCCGAGGAACCAGUCGAUGUGCAGUUAGACUUUAAUGAUGCUGUGCCUCAGGAGAUUGUUUCCCAAGAAGAUACUGGACUGAGCAUGCCCAGUGAUACUUCACUCUCUCCAGCAAGUCAGAAUUCGCCGUAUUGCAUGACACCUGUGUCACAAGGCUCUCCUGCUAGUUCUGGGAUAGGCAGCCCAAUGGCGUCUUCAACAAUCACCAAAAUCCACAGCAAAAGAUUUAGAGAGUAUUGUAAUCAGGUUCUCUGUAAAGAGAUUGAUGAAUGUGUGACUCUGCUUCUCCAAGAGCUGGUCAGUUUCCAGGAACGGAUUUACCAGAAGGACCCUGCAAGAGCGAAAGCAAGGCGGCGACUGGUCAUGGGCCUAAGGGAGGUGACCAAGCAUAUGAAGUUAAACAAGAUCAAGUGUGUGAUAAUUUCUCCCAACUGUGAAAAAAUCCAGUCAAAAGGUGGCUUGGAUGAGGCUCUCUAUAAUGUCAUAGCCAUGGCACGGGAGCAAGAAAUUCCUUUUGUGUUUGCCCUUGGAAGAAAAGCUCUAGGACGCUGUGUGAACAAGCUGGUUCCUGUUAGUGUAGUGGGGAUCUUCAGCUACUCUGGUGCCGAGAGCCUGUUUAAUCAACUAGUAGAACUCACUGAAGAAGCGAGGAAAGCAUAUAAAGAUAUGGUGGCAGCCAUGGAGCAAGAGCAGGCUGAGGAAGCACUGAAGAAUGUGAAGAAGGGCCCACACCACAUGGGCCACUCUCGGAACCCGUCCGCAGCCAGUGCGGUUUCUUUCUGCAGUGUUAUUUCUGAGCCUAUCUCCGAAGUCAACGAGAAGGAAUAUGAAACAAAUUGGAGAAGCAUGGUAGAAACAUCAGAUGGCCUGGAAACAUCAGAAAACGAGAAAGAAGCUGCCGUUAAGCACAGCUCAUCCGAAAACCCCAGUACACUGCCACUGGACGCAGCCCCUGUGGGCAAGCAGCCAUUGCUGGUGUCUGCGGGCGGUGCUCCCCUCUCCACAAACCCCGGGAAGUCUCCAGCCACGGACAGAGAGGAGGUGAAGCCGGAUGACCUGGAGUGGGCCUCACAGCAGAGUACGGAGACGGGCUCUUUGGACGGCAGUUGCCGAGACCUCCUGAACUCCUCCAUCACUAGCACCACCAGCACUCUUGUACCUGGCAUGCUUGAAGAAGAGGAGGAGGAGGACGAUGACGACGAGGAGGACUAUGCUCAUGAGCCCAUCUCUGUAGAAGUGCAGCUCAAUAGUAGAAUUGAGUCUUGGGUCUCAGAGACUCAGAGAACUAUGGAAACUCUUCAGCUUGGAAAGACCCUUGCUGGUUCGGAGGAAGACACAGCAGAACAAAGUGGAGAAGAAGAAGCAGAGGGCCCUGAGCCCCUGGAGCCAGGGACGGACAGUGAACUGUGGACUGCUGACCCGCAGUCAGCCCACGAGCAGCAAAAGCCCAGCAACUGCAGUUCAGUGAAUGAAGAGCACUCUGAUUGUAGUUGUGCACCCCAGAGUGUUUAACUCAGGAAAUGCUGUCUGUCUCCAACGCGGAAGGGUUGCAACCAUUACCUUGAUGCUUCAUCUCAGCGUUUUGCACUGUUCAGUAUUUAAUAUAUGUAUUUAAUUCCCAGCAAAUAUUUUUGUAGCUGUCUUUUACUUCUUUUGUUAUACUCUAGAGCAGGGAUGGGGAACAUUUUUUUCUGCCAAGGGUCAUUUGGAUAUUUAUGAACAUCAUCCGUGGGCCGUAUUGGUCAGUUGUUUUACUAACUUACCCCCACUGUGGUGGCUGGAGCUACUUCUCUGGUGCGGUGUGUGUUGUGAGCCGGCGUUGAUUUCAUGGGCCUUAGUGACCGAGGGCUGGAUGUGCCGCACCCCUGCUCUAGGGCUUAGCUUUUAAUUAACAUCUGAGUGUCUUUCUGAGAACUAUGUAACCUUUAGAUCCACUGCAGCUUAUUUUGUAAUGGAAAAUAAUGAUUAAGAAAAUAAAGGCCAUGUUUUAAUUUUAAGGAAAAUAAACAAAAUGCCUAGACAUAUGUUGGAAGUUAAAGAGCAAAGAUCUAAGGAUAGGAGCAGGUACCAACGUUUUGCUUCGAGAUGCUGUCUCCUUCGCUCUAAUUUGCCGACUAGAACGUUAUUUGGGAUUCUUAAAAAAAAGAACCAGAGAACUAAUAUAAAUCAGAAAACUAGAAAUUGAUGCAACUCCCAACCGGUCCACAAAUGCUCUGUUUCAGCAGUCACCAUUAACGUUAUGACGCAGUUUCACACCAGGAUGGGCCGAAACAGAGCCUCUGAAAACAUAGGCUAGCAAAGGAAAGCAGGCAGUAGGAAUGAUUAUGGCCGGCCGUAUUUGUGGGAAGUGAUUAAUGUCUACAAUAGUGAGAAGGAUUUUCCAGGUUCUGUCUCAUAUUGGAUAGGAUUUUCCAGGUCCUGUCUCAUAUUUGCUUCUUACUGACCUCAGGAAUGUUCUUUUGUACAUAAUGUUAUUGACUUAAAACUUGGCAGAUUUUGGCAGGUGAAUUGAACAAGCAAUUGUAUGGCUACAGAAUUUAUGUGUAAACUAUUCAGACACAGAUCUUUUUUGUACUGGUGUAUUCUCUUGGACACUUCUGAUUCUGGAUUCGUUUGACUUGAGCUAGAGACCUGCUGGCGUAUCCAAACCCAUCCCUGGAAAGGUGGUGUCCCCUUUUCUUUCAUGUAUUUUUUGUGCCUCGCCGGAGCCCCUUUGACCUGACCUCGGCCGUCAUCAUGGACAAGAAGUCAAGGAAAGGAACUGUCCUCAACUUAGUGUUGAUCUUCUGAGCACUCAAGGCUUGGUGAUGAGAACGUUUUAAAGAAGAAAGGAGAAAGUUGUUCUAAAUAUUCCGAAACUGUUAGGUGAUUUAGAGUAUGUAGGUAAUUGCAAGCAUCAGGAUCACUAUUAUUUAUCUCUGCCCUUCCCUAGGAAAUGUGCUUACCUGCUUGGGAGAAAUUAAAUGUAGCUAAAUGUUUUAUUUGCUUGUUGGUCACCAGCUGGACCCUAGUGACCUCUGUAUGUUUAUGUAAUGGUGGGAGAGUUACAAACUGUUUUUCUAUUUUGUUUUCCCUCUAAUACACCAGAAGCCAACUGACCAUAUAUAGACACACAGUCCAGCUCUCUGCUUACAAACUCUUAGAACCAAAACUAAGCCCACUGCCACCUCGUCAAUUUUGACUCAGAGACAGAGUCAAACUGCCCAUCGGCUUUCCAAGGCUCUAAGCCUGUAUGGAAGGAAGUCAACUGUCUCCACCUUCUCCUGCCCAGAAGUUGGGCUUUCCUGGGUCAACAGCUGAGUGCUUUAGCCACUGAACCACCAGGGCUCUCUGAAGCUCUCUCAAGCUUAGAAGCGAAGAGGGAGGGAUGUUUUCUCUGUUCUGCUUUUGCUUCACAAGCAGAAAAAGAGAACGGGCCAGGUUACUGGCCGAACUCAUUGGGACUACCAGUUUUGGUAUUUUACAAUGCCGGCUGCAUAUAAUUACUAGAGAGAUCAGGUUCUUAUUUAAUGUUUUAGGAUUUGUAAAUUGUGGAAGUUUAGGAGCAUUGCUGUGUGGAAAAUGUCAGCCUUACCUAGCGGACAUUUUUAUGCAGCCCUGUUUAAGCUGUUCUCUAGUAUAGCCUUCUCAGAGGUUGGGAUCCGACAUUGAAAGACAUGCGACGUAUAAGGAAUGAAGCCUCCGAAAUAGGAAUUGUGGACUUGGAUGUGGCAGAUCUUACCGUCUCUACACAUUUGGUAAUAUUUGUUGGUUUAAAGAAAUGAUGGGGAUAUUGAACUACUGACCGUCUUUAAAGGGAAUGUAAAAUCUUUCUAUACUUUGUGUGGUGUAAAUUUCCAUGACUGGGUGUCAGUGAUUCAGAUAACUCUUGAUCUUGAGAUAAUGACUUUUUAAAGAUGUCUUAUAUCUAUUUGGGACAUGAAUUAUCAUUUUAGGUUUUUGAUGUUUCUAUCAAAGAGAAGUUCAGGAGAUUCUCAGACUACCAAUAACUUAACUUUGCUAUAGACUCGAGAAGUGUUCAGCGCUGUGUUCGAUGACGCUCUCACACAUGCAGUACCUCGUCUGCCAGCAAAUGCAGGGGACCACAGUGGUUUUUGCUGCUUUUAUUUAAUGUAGAAGGCAGGUCGACUCUUAAGAGAACAAACCAAAAUCUAAUCAAGGAAAUACUACUAUGUUGAAGUGCGCUUAAGUAAGUACUAAUACUGUAGGAUCUUUAACAUUUGUUUCCUUGAGAUAAAUUUUGGAGUCUGUGUCUGUUGAAUUGCAGGCUUUGGAGGAGGUGUGCAAACAGGAAAGUGUGGAGUUUUUUGUUGCUUUGUGCAAGGUGGGGUGGCUCUUCAGAGACCCAGAAACGGAUCUAAUAGUAAUGUUCAUCAAGACAAGCAAUCAAAAACCAUGGUGAUUUUUCUUUUAGUUUGUAGAGUUUGUUUUACUGGCAAUAAUUUAACAGUGGGUGUUUAUUUCCAUAUAGAAGUAUGUGAAUUAUGAACUAUUAUCCCUGAAUUAGGUUUCUGCUUCAGCAGGCUUGUUUGCUGUGAAGAGUACUUCUCAAGAGACAAAUGUUCAUAAUAGCCUACUUUUGGGUUUAAAUGUUUGUAAAUGAUGUAAUAUAUUUCUUUUGACGAAACAUGAGAACAAUAAUGUGUUAUACAUUGAAAGUUUUUAGAGGCUUUGACUGCAGAUCAUUUUUGCAGAGAAGGUAUUUUCUAUUCUCCAGUAUUUGGUAAAGAAGUAGUCAAAAGGAAUUCACAUAGUUUAAAUAUUGAGAAAUUAAUAUCCAAAUAAAUGCACUUGUCUGAUUUCUUAAUAUGCUAGGGGAGGUGGGAGGGGUGGGACUUGUAAUGUGCAAAUGGGUAGUGAACUCUACAUUCAUUUUCAACUCUUGAACAUAAACAUAAAUCUUAACACAUUGUUACUUUAAGUAUAUGUGUAAGAAGUAUUAUUGUUUGUAAAGCUGCUGUUUGCUUAAAUAAAAACAAACUUGUCAUUUUAAGUAUUUUCUGUAUGUUGUGCCAACAAGUUAGAACAUUAACUUAAUUCAUUACAAAGUUAAUUAUCUUUUAUUGAUUUAAAUUUUCUUCUAUCUUCUAAUAGUAUAUACAUCAUGGAAACACACUAUUUUCCUAAUUAAAAUCUCACUGUUAAUUAAUGAUAAAAGUUUAAAUUAUGUUGGCAUCUCAUACCUUAAAAGUAUUUGUAUUAUUUUGUAAUUUAAUUUCUAAAUGUACCACAUAGAUUUAUAAAUUAAUGUCUUAAUCGUAAUGCUCUAAUAAAAUGCUAGCAAAAAUUAGUGUGAGCUAUAACACGAAGGCGUUUCCAUCUUGUUCUUUUGUUGUAUGAAGGAUAAUUGUUUUAUCACUUUCUGGGGGUAAUAAUAGCUUUUGCACUAUGUAAAUACUAGUGGGGAUUCUUCAGUAACUAAUAAAAUGAUUAUUAAAAUGUA